AUAUUGGGAUCGGUCUACCGUGACACACUAUUUCUUCAAGCACUGUGACGUCUACUUGAAUAUCCUCGCAAAACGUUAUCGCAUCUAAAAAAAUACAUCGCGUUUAAGUACACUACAAGCGACGUUGGUUGCGUUUAUUCCCAAACGUUUCGUGUGGAGGACGGCGUCUCCUACCGGGUCCUCAACCGUCAGAGGUGGGCAGAGGGGGCGUGGUAGGCCGCGUCACCAAGGUCCUUGAGAGAACCAACCUGGAGGGAAGGAGAACGUUGCCUGGAUCGAAAGGAGCCGCAUAAGGGUCAAACAUUUUUAAAGAGAAAGGUUGAAACACAUCCUCACAAAUUGCCUCUGGAGCAGUGAAGUGUCUUCAUGGCAGUACGUAGAGGACACGUUCAGUACUUGGAUCACCAGGAGGUGUACGACAUGUCCAACGGUUACGAAGAUCACAUGGCAGGGGAGGACGCCAAGGAUGCCAAGACCAACCUGAUUGUGAACUACCUGCCCCAGAGCAUGUCGCAGGAGGACCUGCGCAACCUCUUCGGCACUGUCGGCGAGGUGGAAUCAGCCAAACUCAUUCGAGAUAAAGUUGGAGGCCACAGUUUAGGGUACGGAUUUGUUAACUAUGUUAACCCUAGUGAUGCAGGCAGAGCUAUCGAAUCACUGAACGGACUAAGGCUACAGUCCAAAACUAUCAAGGUGUCGUACGCACGGCCCAGUUCUGAUACGAUCAAGGAUGCCAACCUGUAUAUCAGCGGCCUACCCAGGUCCUUGAACCAAAAGGAUGUGGAGGACAUGUUUACACGUUAUGGCCGCAUCAUAAAUUCCCGCGUGCUCGUUGAUCAGACCACAGGCAUGUCCCGUGGGGUGGCAUUCAUCCGCUUCGACAAGCGAUCAGAGGCCGAGGAGGCGGUCAAACACCUCAACGGUCAAAAGCCGCACGGGGCCUCGGACCCCAUCGCGGUGAGGUUUGCUGCCAACCCCAACCAGGUGAAGAACACUCAGAUCAUCUCCCAUCUCUACCACAACCAGUCCAGACGCUUCCCUGGACCCAUGCACCACCAGGCCCAGCGCUUCAGAUUCUCCCCAAUGAGCGUGGACCACAUGGGUGGCGUCCCCGGCAACCCCGCCUCCGGCUGGUGCAUCUUCAUCUACAACCUAAACCAGGACGCCGACGAGAGCGUCCUGUGGCAGAUGUUUGGGCCGUUCGGCGCCGUCACCAACGUCAAGGUCAUCCGCGACUUCAACACCAACAAGUGCAAGGGCUUCGGCUUCGUCACCAUGACCAACUAUGAGGAGGCGGCUAUGGCCAUCGCCAGCCUCAACGGCUACCGGCUCGGAGAUAAGACACUGCAAGUGUCCUUCAAGACCAGCAAGGGCCACAAGUAGAGGGAAAGCGGGACAUCGGAGUGUGGACAAUCAAGCGGAAAAUAGGCCGCCAUUGUCUGCAAGUCUGGUCUGUGUUUCACACGGUUAAGAUGUUCACUCUUCUGCACCUUGUCUAAAAGUGUUUCGGAACUUUUCAUGUUUGUUUGUUGGUUUUCACAUUUGGAGCACGGGCGUCAAAAAUCCGAACAUGCAAAAAGUUACCUCUGGCAAUGUGUGCGUACGGGAAGCAGUCAAAUUGUGUCCACAUUUCUUUGGCCAAUGUGCGUACGCAGGCCUUUAUUGUCUAUGUGUGGCGUCGUGUUCGGCUGUGGGCGACGUGGUUGUCCCGAGGAAAAGCAGCACGCGGUCCUGGAUCCUUGUCACAUGCAGACGUACGUAGAGGCCUUCAAUUUGAAUCCACCAGAGCAAAGCACUUUUACUCUCUUUCCUUUCUUGGUUGUUCUAAAUAUCAAUCACUCUUGGAUGUGACCUUGCCUGGUCCUCCCUGCAGAUUGAAACAUGACCAGAAACACUCUGUGCGUCUUAUUAUGAUUAUUCUAUUUGUGCUAAAGUCAACGAGGAGGGAAAUGUGACGGACCAAACACGGUUAAUUAGUAGCCUUUUUUUUUUUAAUUUUGGUUUGCUUUUUUCUUUUUUUUUUGUUCCUUCUCUUGAGCGGUACUAAGAUCUAUCAGACUGACUGAAUGCAUUUGUUUGUGUUUUGUCUUUGUUUUUUUUAUUUCUUUGUAGAGGCAGACAGGUUUUAAUUUGUUGUUUUAACAAGUGCUCAUCUAAAGUUUGGAGUGAAAUUAAUGGCCUUUGUUACCGAGUUUGUUUCUUUCAGUUGUUUCCCUUUCAAUUUAAACCAAUAAAUUUACUUUUCUUUUGCGAAAUUUGCUUUGGUUUGUUUCUUUUCACAUUUUGAUUUUCACAUUUUAUUUGCUUUUUCGGCCCAAAUAAAGUGAUUAGUUAAAUAUUAAUCAUGAAAAAAAAUCAAUCCUUUAUAAAAGAUUAAAUAUGGAUCAAUACAUUAGUGAGAUGAAGCUGCGUUCUGGGGCGAUUUAGGCAUGUUUUAAGGAUUUAUAUGUUGCUUUUUUUCGAAGGCAGCAAUGCACAUUUCUUGCAAAUCUAGCUUUGUUUUGGAAAGGAGAUUCUCCAGUCUUAUUUUUUUUCCUCGUAGUGUUGAAACUUGUGCAAUAUGUGCUGACUUGCUCAAGGCAGGCAAGAGAAAUCUGUUGUACUUUAAUCAUCUUUAUUUUUAUAUAUUUUUUCCUUUUUUCUACUGACAGCUGCCACUGCUUCUUGUUUUUUUAGGGGAUUGAUUUUUGCUGAGUAGCUCUCAGCCUUAAUUUAAUGAGGAGGCUGGGUGUUGUUCCUUGGCGGAGGUACACUGAGUAUUUAUUUGUUAAUGUAUGUGGUCACAAUUACUGACGUGUGUGUGCGCAAAAUGACCUCUUGGAGCCGGUUAAAAUGUCUUCUAACAUUGGAUCAUUUCAAUAAAACUAUGGUGGCUUUUA